AUGGCAAAGAUCGAGGUUCGACUUGAUGUAUUGGCAAAGUUGAAGGGGAAAACCGUCUUGAUUACAGGCGGAUCAAAUGGCAUAGGAAGGCAGACCGUUUUGAUGCUUCAUGGUCUCGGGGCAAAUGUUGUCGUUGGAGAUCUAGAUGUCGCGAGGGGUGAAUCCUUGGUCAAAGAGAUCGGCGGGAACGGUAUUUUUCAAAAGACUGAUAUCACCAACUGGGAGUCGCUUAGAGACCUUUUCGAGGCCGCAAAGUCAAAUUACGGCUCAAUUGAUGUUGUCAUGGCCAAUGCUGGCGCGCCGGAAAGGCCCCCUUUCCUCUUCGACGAGUCUUUUGAUGGGAAUGGACUGUUGAAGGAGCCCGACCUCAGCAUCAUUGACGUCAAUCUGAACGGAGUCAUGAGAACCGCCAAACUUGCCCUGCACUACUUUGCAAGAAACCCCCCUCCCGGAGGUGUGUUGGUUAUUACUGGGUCUGCAGCAUCCUAUUUCGCCUCGCCGCCUAUCGUACGGUAUUGUGCGGCAAAGCAUGCGCUGCUAGGUCUGAUGCGCUCCACUGCGGCGAUGACGAAGCUAGCGAACGUGCGGGUAAAUCUGGUUGCCCCAUGGAUGACCGAAACCGAGUUUAGCUCAGAAGCAAGCGAUAUAUGGGGCUCCAUGCCCAUAAACACGGCUCGAGAAGUCGCUGAGGCACUUUGUGUGGCUGCUGCGGACGACACUCUUCAUGGACGGGCUCUUUAUGUCGCUAAGGAAAUUGUCGAUUUUGAGCUACCAUUGUAUAAGACCCAGGAGGACUGGAUGACCCUGAAGCAGGCUGCGUGGUUUGAGCAAGGCAGAGAACGACUCGCACUUGGCAUGAAGCUUCCGGGGGCCCAUUAUCUCAAGGAUGCUGUGUAG